AUGGCUUCACAGCAGCAGUCAGGUCCUCUCUCAGAUGCAGACAUAUAUGCUCUACAAGAGUGGAUUGCUGAGACUGCUGUUGGUUUCUGUCUCUAUGGGAUAUAUGCGACGUUCUCUUUUAUUGCAAUUUAUUUCCUUUUGACUCGCCAUGGCGGUGAUGCCACUAAAAAAGCCCGACUGGUGCUUUUGACUGUCAUCAUAUUCAUGUUCAUAAAUUCUACAUCUCUUGUCAUUCUUGACCUAGAAUACAUUCUUGUCCAAAUUCCACUAGGAUCCUUCAAUCCUCCAGAUAUCCAAAAAACCACAAAAAUACUGGGGAACAUCAAAAUUUCAGGUAAUUUCCUUGAAAGACUCAAUUUUUUGAUUAAUGAUGGUAUUGUUGUCUGGCGUGCAUGGAUAUUGUUUCCCCGCAAUUGGCAUAUAAAACUACUUCUAGGCUUUUGCUUACUUGCUUGUGGAGUUUGCAAUGUUUUCGAUGCUGCAAGCGGGGCCGUCAAUGUAUUGAAGAAUUAUCAAGCUGUUGGUGCCGGAACAAAAGAAUUCUUGGUGUUGACUUUGCCAUUGCUGGUUACAAAUAUAGUUGCCACUUUCUUAAUUGGUUACUGUCAUGCCCUGACCACAACCAACCAGUCCCAGCACCAUCCCACAUGCUUCCUUACACCUCCCCAAGACAUCCGACCUCCCCAAGACAGGACCACGGGUACUACGCACCUCCCCAAGACAGGACCACGGGUAAUACGCACCUCCCCAAGACUAUCCUGACAACCUCCCGACACGCGUACGAAACUCCUUAGCACCAGCCCCAUUAAGUACAAAUCUCGAUCACCUGUCUCCUUCGACUACUGCCUCAUGUCCCUAGGUUCCGAUGUUCCCUUGUUCACUUCCCAUACCUAUUUAAGUAGCUCCGUAACGUCUCCAAGCGGCAGCUUGGUAUAUUUUGAACACACACCCUUUUGCAUAGGUCCAGUCCCUGUCCCUUUGUACCUGCU